CGCAUGCGCACUAAAGAAAAGGUACAGCGAGUAACAGUUCUGUUAUGACAGCGAGCGAUAAAAACAGGCUUAUUUAUAUAUAUUCGUUUUUUUACACAAGAGAGAAGACGGGUGUAAAAUCGUACGACAGACGUAGUAUUUCGUUUUUUUUUUCGAAAACAAUGGUGCAGUCCUGUUCGGCGUACGGAUGUAAGAACAGAUAUCAUAAAGAUAAGGACAUUUCGUUUCACAAGUUCCCUCUGACCAGACCCGACCUCUGUGGGAAAUGGAUGGCCGCUAUGAAGAGGUGCAACUUCAAGCCGACGAAAUACAGCAACAUCUGCUCGCAGCACUUCACCAAAGACUGCUUCAAACAGGAAUGCAACAACCGCGUGCUGAAGGAAAACGCAGUGCCUUCACUGUUUAAUAACAAUAAGUUACAAAUGAAGUCUGAAACACCAGAGGAAGCCGUCUGUCCAGAUCAGAGCCUUUCCCCUCCUUCACCCAGCACACACAUUCCAGAAAACGACGUCCUUCAAACCUCACGGUCCCGAGCCUCCUUCCCCCUACCGACCUCCACCCUCGUUCCUCUUCCGUCCCUGUGUGUUUCUCCGAGAGCAAGCGCCUUUGUCUCCUGUGACCAUAACUACACGCUGGACGACAUGGUGCAGCAGAAGAAGCGGGUGGAGCAGCUGGUGGUGCAACUCAACAAACUGCGCAGGAAGCUUAAGACGCUGCGGCAGAAGUGCAGGAGGCAGGAGAGGCAGCUUGAGCAUUUCAGAGCCAUGCAGGAGAUCUCAAAAAGCGGCAACGAAACGGGGCUCGGACAGAGUUACGUCAUUCUGCCCAGAGAACUCCUCAGCACGCUGAAAGGCAUUCACGCCAUCGAGGGUUUGUGAGACUCACAGGUUUCGGUUUCCAUCAAGAACAGGUGAACAAUCUGGUACAGAAAUGCAGAUUCUUUUUCAACUGCGUGACCCGGAUUUUUUUAUUUGUUUUGUUUUUUUUGGAAGGUUUAUGGUAUUGCCAUGAUGCCAUUGCCAUUAAUAAUUGUCAUUAUUUGUUUUUGUCCAAAUUACGUUCAACUUUCCAUUGCUGGAGAUAGAAAACACCUUAUCAUUCAUCUGCUUGAUUUGUGUUACGGGUUAUUUCCAAAAAAUAAAAGAGAGUUCAUCACAUAAAAAUGUGCUAAAGAGAAAUAAAUAUAUUAAUUAUAUGAAUAAAUAUUGAGAUGCAUUCAAAGUAUAGCAAAGAUAUUACUGCAAAUAAAUACAAAUAGUUGCAUCCGAAAUGCCUCUAGGGGCCGCUCUAAUACUGUUUAGCACAACCCGGAAAAACUAUCAAUAUGGAUUUUUGCCUACAAAAGAUUAAUUAGUCAAUCUCUAAUCUAAUUUAAUCGCUUUUGGUUAGGGUUAGGGUUAUCUUAUACCCCAGAAGCUCUGCCCAAUUCUCCAUAUCUCACCGUAGAUAUCUACAUUUAGUACGUACUCUUGUCCAGAUUAAGGCAGAGUUUGCUGUUUGUAAAGGUAAUCGGAGAAUGUUUCACAUUAUAGUAUAGGACCUGGUUUUUGAACAUCCCUUUCCAUAUUUUGCUCUUCUGGAAAGAUGUUCCACUAGAUUUUUUUUAGCGUGCUUGUGAAGAUUCGUGUUCUUUCAGUCAUAAGGGUGUUUGUAAAAUCAGGUUCUGAUGUACUUGAGGUGAAGAGGCCCAGGGUGUCUUCAGGUUGCAAUUCAUCCCAAAAAUGUUCAGAGCUGUAGAUCUUUCACUCCAAUCCAUAUAAAGCCACUUUUCAUGGAGUUUGCUUAGUGCACAGGUUCAUUGUCAUGCUGAAACAUUUUUGGGUUUCCUAGUUCGUAACUAUAUUCAAAGACAUUCUAAAUAAUCCUGUGCCUCCAAUUUUGUGGUAACAUCAAGUUGAGAAGAACCACGUGAGGCUGUAAAAUGAGGUGUCCCAAUACUUUUGUCUGUAGAGUACGUAUUGUUUGUAAAAUGGUGGACUGUAGUCACAUCUGGACCAGAGAAUGUUCUGGAUUGUUCUGGUUCAUAUGAACACCUUAUUGAGCAUAGUGUUUUUUAUUUUAUAUACAACAGAUGAUCGGACGUUUUCGGAAACAUCUGUCGAUCUCUCAACAAACCCGAAACAUUACUUUGUGCGUUUAUGAUCUUUUACAGAUCAUCAUUAGUGAACAUUGUAAAAAAAAAAAAAAAAAAAAAAAAACAAUUGUUGAACUGAAUGAAAGCCAUAUAAACACUUACUUGAUGUCAUUUGAAUCCCA